CCUAGCUAACGGAUUUGAGUGGUUGGUAAAAUUCGUUGAUAAUUCGAGUUUUUCUUGUAGUGAUCAUGCAAAGAGGAAGAGACACUUUGUCACUUGCUCGAGUGAUAGGAGAUGUUUUGGAUCCAUUCACAAAGUCUAUUAACCUAAGAGUGGUUUACAACACUAGAGAGGUGAAAAAUGGAUGUGAUUUGAGGCCUUCUCAUGUUAACAAUCAACCUAGGGUUGAAGUUGGAGGGGAUGAUCUUCGCACUUUUUACACUCUGGUUAUGGUGGAUCCUGAUGCUCCAACUCCGAGCAACCCAUAUCAGAAGGAGUAUCUGCACUGGUUGGUCACUGAUAUCCCAGCAACCACAGGAGUAAGCUUUGGCAAUGAAGUGGUAUCAUAUGAGUGUCCACGUCCAACAAUGGGAAUACAUCGACUAGUUAUAGUGCUAUUUCGGCAAUCACGUAGAGAGAGUGUGUAUGCUCCAGAAAGUCGUCAGAAUUUCAACACAAGAGACUUUGCAAAGCAAUAUAAUCUUGGUUUACCUGUUGCUGCUAUUUAUUUCAAUUGCCAAAGGGAGAAUGGUACUGGUGGCCGUCGAUUAAUGUAAUAUUCGUACAUGCAAAUUAAAUAAUUAGUUGCAUUCAAUAAAUAAAAGUGUGGAAUAAUUUAUUAUACCUACUUAAGAUAGUAGCUAAUUUGCUAAAAUUUAAAGAGAUUGAAAAGUAAGUGGAUGCUCUUGUUAGGAGCCUAGGUAAUAGUCAUCAACUCAAAUUGAUAUAUGGGAAAGGUUUAUAUGCGUAUUUGUAGUGUAAAAGGAUCCCAAGGAAAUAUUAUUAUAUAUAGAAGUAUGCUUUUAAUCUUGUUAUCA